AUGGGUGCGUCUGGAAAAUGGGUGAAAGCGCUAAUCGGUCUUAAGAAGCCCGACAACAUAAAUGAACACGGUGCGAAGAAGAAGAAGUGGAGGCUAUGGAAGAGUUCCUCCGCCGGGGAAAACAGAUCUCAAGACGGGUUUCUUAACGCGCCUUCCGAUUCCGAUUCAUUCACCGCCGCAGUGGCCACCGUGGUCAGAGCUCCACCUAAGGAUUUCAGACUCCUCAAGCAAGAAUGGGCCGCUACAAGAAUCCAAACAGCCUUCCGGGCAUUCUUGGCGAGAAGGGCAUUGAGGGCGUUGAAGGGAGUGGUGAGGCUUCAAGCUCUUGUAAGGGGUAGGUUGGUGAGGAAGCAGGCUGCGGUGACAUUGAGGUGCAUGCAGGCCUUGGUGCGUGUGCAAGCGCGUGUAAGGGCGCGCCGCGUUAGAAUGUCCAUUGAGGGGCAAGCUGUGCAGAACAUGCUCAAUGAGCGCCGCACCAAAGCUGAACUCAUCAAACAAGCUGAGGAAGGGUGGUGCGAUAGCAAAGGAUCGUUGGAUGAUGUCAAGACGAAAUUGCAGAUGAGGCAAGAAGGAGCUUUCAAGAGGGAGAGAGCAAUUGCCUACUCUCUUGCCCACAAGCAGUGGAGAUCAACCCCCAUCUCUAGUUCAAGACCAAAUGCUUCUCUCAACAAUCAAGAGAUGGACAAGGCUAACUGGGGAUGGAGUUGGUUGGAACGUUGGAUGGCUGCUAAGCCAUGGGAGAGUAGAUUAAUGGAGCAAACCCAUCAUGCUGAUUCCACAGAUAAGACCCCUCCUCCACCAAAGAAAUGUGUGGACUCUUCAAACUCAAAAACAUCAGAACCAUGCAAUGUUAGAGUCAGAAAGAACAAUGUCACCACAAGGAUUUCUGCUAGACCUCCCCAUCUUGGACAAGCCACUCGUUCAACCUCAAGUCCAAGUUCUGAAUUUCACUAUGAUGAGUGCUCAGCUUCAUCUUCAUUAUGCACUUCUACAACACCAGUAUCUGGGAGUACUGCAUUGCCUUGUGACAGGACAGAGGAUAGUAACAAUAAUAACACUAGCAUUAGGCCUAGUUACAUGAACCUGACCGAGUCAACCAAGGCAAAGCAGAAAACCAGCAAUCAUCAUCAAUACAAUAGAGCUCAGAGGCAGCAAUCCAUGGAUGAGUUCCAGUUUUUCAAAAAGACAGCGGUUUUCUCUAAUGGGGAUUCCAAAAGCACCGGUGCUUCUGACCCUUCGGUCAACUUUGCUAGGCCACUUUAUCUACCAACCUACUUGGAUAAGAGGCCACGGUGAAAGGGAUUGGAUUUAGAGUAUGUCUUGAUUCACAUCAAUUUUGGUUGAAUGCGAAUUAGUGGAAGUAACAAUUAGUUGCCUUUUUUUUUUUUUUAAUAUCAAUUUUGAUGUGAUUCUUGUCUAAACGUGGAUUAUGGAUGACGAAUCAAACAUGCACUCAAUUAGUUGAUCCACUCUGUAUUUAUUUCCAAGAAGUUCAACACUUCAACAUCUUGUUGUUCCCUAGAUUGUUAAUUGUGCUUUCUCCCAAGAAAUACUACUUUAGGGGUCUCCAUUUGUAUAAUUAUUUGUUAAUUGUUAA